AUGCUUCAAACGAUGUUGGAAAAAAAGUCCGAUGCGUUUAAGGAUAAGAUUGUUGCUGUAUCGAUCCCGGAUGAUUAUUCUUCUGAACAUGAAAAGAUUCUUCACGCAAUAUUCGAGAAUACAACCAUUCCUGUUGCGAAACUCCUGUUUGUUAAUAAUUGUGUGUCGGUGGUGUAUGAUGUUCUGAGCGAAAUACUUCCAAAGCUAGAUUCCAAGAAAGACUUUGUGAUAGCAGAUAUUGGAUAUAAUGGUUGUCGUCUCUAUUAUGUUGAAGCUGAUCGUGAUACAAUCGAGAUUAAGAAACGUGUAUUUUCGGAUGAGAUUAGUGGAUCGAAAUUGGAUGAACUCCUUUUCGAUUACCUAAAAGAUAAAUUCGGACGUGAGUUGAAUGAAAAAGAAAAAUGUAGUUUACUGAUGAAUAUUCGAAAAGACCGACGUCAGUUCUCAGAUAAUCGUACAUAUUGGUUGUAA